AUGACUGGAGGAGGAGGAGGAGGAGGAGAAAGUGGAUGGGGCAGCUGCUUUGCAUAUACGAUCGGCGCCGUAGCAGUGAUAUUGAUAUGGCAAUUGAUCUCCAACACCGGGUUGAAAUCUUCCUUCUUCUUCUUCUUCCUUCCUAAUAAUCAUUUCAGAUCACAAGAAGCUGCUACCCCUAACCCCUCUGCUCCUCCUCCUCCUCCUUCUUUUGGGAGCUUCAACAACUCCACCGUUCCCGCCUCCUCUGCCCUUUCCCCGCCUAGGGUUUCUGGUUUUAUAUCUGAUUCGGAUUUGAAGAGUGUCAUUGACAAUUUGGAUGAAAAGCUCCAAGAGCAUGAGAGAUGGGACAGUGUCAUAGACAGAAGAAACAAUCUUCUUUGCUACAAGGCAAAGUGCUGCAAACCAAAGGAUGGUCCUCUGAAAUAUUUGAGUGUGACAAUAUUCGAGAACUGCUCUGCUGAGGUGCUGAGAGAUUUCUAUAUGGACAAUGAUUAUAGGAAGCAGUGGGACAAGACCCUGAUUAAGCAUGAGCAGUUUCAGGUGGACGAAAGUAAUGGAACUGAAAUUGGUCGCACAAUUAAAAAAUUCCCGCUCUUGACACCAAGAGAGUACAUAUUAGCUUGGAGAGUGUGGGAAGGAAAAGAUAAAAUCUUCUACUGUUGCAGUAAGGUAUCUGUUAUAGAAAUUCAGAACUGA